GGAAACAUGCAUUUUGCGCCUCUCUUGACUGCCUGUCAGACAACACUGAGGGCACAGGAACACCCGGGCGCCGUCUGCUCGGCUGGUACCUCAACACAUUGUUCCAUCCGCUGGGAACCGCUCGUGAAUCCCGUCUCUGUUUUGUCUGAAACCGAGCAGGACCAGUGACCGCGGAGCAUCUUUUCUUCUUGGUGGUGGAGCGGAACACAGGCUGUUGCCAUGACAACAGACGAGGCAGAGAGUCAUCAGAAGAAGCCAAGGCCGCAGGAGGAAGCGGGCCAGGACGCCGGGCCACCCCCCUCCCCGGAGGAGCAGCCGUUUCGGCCUCGGAACCGCAACUCUGCCGGCCGCGGCCUGUCUCGCCUCUUCUCCUCCUUCCUGAAGAGGCGCUCGCAGUGUGACAGUGAGGCGGGAGACAAGGACGACAAGGAAGUAGAAGAAGAAGCUAAAGCCCCCAUCGCCGACCCCGAACCUGAGCUAAGGACGGAGGGGGAGGCAGCGCUGGACCAGCACUCACUCAGCAGCGCCGAGCCUCAGGCUGUGCAGGUAGAGAAGAAAGAAGCUGGGGCGGAGGGAGAGGAGGAAGAGGGUGGAAAGGACAAAGACAACACCACGGAGAAAGGAGACGAAGCUGCCCUGGAGAAGGAGGUCAAGGAGCACGAGGAGGAGAAGGAGUGUGGCGUUGAGAGAGAGGAGGAGGGCGAGAAGAUGGCCGAGGACGAGGCACAAGCUCCCAGAGCUCCACGCCAAGCCAAGAGCAUGCAGAUCACUGUCACGCUGCUGGACGACACACUCUACCAGUGUGAGCUGGAUAAACAUGCCAAAGGCCAGGAGCUGUUCCUGAAGGUGUGUGACCACCUCAACCUGCUGGAGAAAGACUACUACGGCCUGAUCGUCACGGAGACAACCACCAUGAAGACAUGGAUGGACCUAACCAAGGAAAUCCGCCAGCAGGUACGAGGGGCCAACUAUAAUUUCACCUUCAAUGUGAAAUUCUACCCACCAGACCCAGCCCAGCUGUCUGAAGACAUAACCAGGUACUACUUGUGUCUCCAGCUGCGGAAGGACAUCCUGCAGGGCCGCCUGCCCUGCUCCUUUGUCACCCUGUCCCUGUUGGGCUCCUACGCCUUGCAGUCAGAGCUGGGCGAGUACGACCCUGAGGUGCACGGCACCAACUACGCUAAGGAGAUGAAGAUGGCCCAGGGUCAGACCAAGGAGCUGGAGGACAAAAUGAUGGAGCUGCAUCGUACCUACAGGUCCAUGAGUCCGGCCCAGGCAGACCUGAUGUUCCUGGAGAACGCCAAGAAACUGUCCAUGUACGGAGUAGACCUGCACCAGGCCAAGGAUCUGGAAGGUGUUGACAUCAUGCUGGGGGUUUGCUCCAGUGGUCUGAUGGUUUACAAAGACAAGUUGAGGAUCAACCGUUUCCCCUGGCCCAAAGUCCUCAAGGUCUCAUACAAACGCAGCAGCUUCUUCAUCAAAAUCCGACCGUCCGAGGUAGAACAAUAUGAGAGUGCCAUUGGCUUCAAACUACCCAAUUACAAGGCAGCCAAAAAGCUGUGGAAGGUGUGUGUGGAGCAUCACACCUUCUUCAGGCUGACUUCCACUGAGAUGGUCACCACUCCCCGGAAGUUCCUGGCGUUGGGCUCCAAGUUCCGCUACAGCGGCCGGACUCAGGCUCAGAGCAGACAGGCCAGCUCUCUGAUCGACAGACCGGCUCCUCUGUUUCAGCGCUCGUCCAGCAAGAGGAACUCCCGCAGCCUGGAUGGAGCGAUGGCAUCCACUCCCGACAAUAAAUCAACUCGUCCGGUCAGCGCUCCUGUUAUGUGUGCGGUGUCUCCGGGUGAGGGUAGUCCCUUGCCGCUGCAGCCCGCCCUGCCACGCUCUGACCACCAUGACGGCUCCACAGCCAAAGGCCAGCGCUCUGCAGACAGGAAGGCCGCGGGGAAGGCAGAGGGUCAGCCACUAGAACACACCAAGAGCCACAGCCCCAGACCAGAGGCCACUCCAGACAUCAAGCAGACAGUGUCCCGAAGAGAGCGCAGACACUCGCCCUCUGUCACCACCGCCAACGGGAAGAGAGAGAAAAAGAGCCAGCACUCUCCUCAGGACAGAACAAAGGCGGAGAUGGUGCGGGUGAGGAAGAAAAGAGCUAAGAAACUUGAGGGUGAAACUAUUUAUAUCAGACAUAGCAAUUUAAUGUUGGAGCUUAACCCGAAAGGCUUGGCAUGCACUAUUUUCCUCUCUGAUUCGCAUGACCUGGAUAAGACCCAGACCGAGAUCAUGCGUCACCACACUAGCGUCAGUGAGCUGAAGAGGAGUUUCAUGGAGUCGGUUCCGGAGCCUCGGCCCAGUGAGUGGGACAAGCGUCUGUCCACCAACUCGCCUUUCCGCACAGUGAGCAUCAACGGGCAGCUACAGCCAGCGUCUCCUGUGCUAAAGACCCAGACAAUCACCAUCUCAGACAUCACCAACUCCCUGAGAGGAACUGUGACCUACAAGGACAUCCCUUUAGUUCACACUGAGACCAAGACCAUCACAUACGAGUCAGCACAGGUGUCUCUCCCACAGCCUGUGGACAGCCCGGUAGAGAGGGACUCAGCUGUGCUGCUGAGUGCCCAGACCAUCACCUCGGAGACUGUCAGUACCACCACCACCACCCAGAUCACCAAGACCGUGAAAGGAGGGAUCUCUGAGACUCGCAUUGAGAAGAGGAUCGUCAUCACUGGAGACACUGAAAUUGAUCAUGACAAGGCUUUGGCUCAGGCCAUUAAAGAGGCGAAGGAGCAGCACCCAGACAUGUCUGUUACCAAAGUGGUCGUGCACCAGGAGACAGAAAUCAGCCCAGAGUAAGACACACUUAUCCUUUGGAAGUUCUCUUAUCUGCCCCUACUCAUCUCCCCCAGCCAUCACAGCCACUGCCCUGCCUUGCAAAUGAACCAGCAGACCAUCAGAGGGAACAAGCUUCAAUGUUGAACUCUGAACCUUAACCUUAAGUGUGGAGUUUGGCCUAAAGGAAAACCGUCCCAGUAUUCCCCACAAUCCCCUGGUUCCACUAAAGAUCAACCGCUGGACUGAUGACAAAAACUUUUUUAAAGA